CACGAAGCGCCGCAAGGCAUCAAACGACGAGCGACAUCAAGCAGCGACGACGAAGGUGCCGGAAAGAGCAGUGAUCGGCCGUCACGCAAGAAGCAGUCGCCGGCCAUCCGCGCCACCAUCCCCAUUCCCAAGAAAGGGUCUCGGUCGAAAUCGGCGAGCUCCACUCCGCUACUACGAUCUACCCGGACUCGGAAGGAGAGCAUCUCGAUGCCAGGAGACACACCCUCGCCGGUCGAUCUGUCAAUGCCGCCUCCCGCUCCGCCAGAUUCGAUCGCGUUCGUGCAACAGCAGGCGUCAACGUCCACACAAUCGUCGCCAGCGUUGAGGCCACAGCUGACACCGGUCACGCCAGCGAGCAUCAUGAACCUCGGUCGAUUGGGCGUCGCGAGCAAUCUGGGCGGCAAGUCGAAGAAGUCACCUGUCACGGCGUCAUCACCCAAGAAUGCGCUGCCCGGGACAUCGACAUUGGGGGGUCCGGUCUCACGGCAAAUGACAGGAAUGCCUCCGCGCAAAACGUCGCACAAAGCGGCCGAACAAAAACGAAGGGACUCAUUGAAGACGACGUUUGACGAGCUGCGGACACUGCUGCCGCCCAUCGCGCUUCCGUCGGAUGUCGCUGACGAACCGGUGCUACCCGGUGCACUCCCACCACGAGGCCCGCCAAAAGCCGGAGCAGAGGGUCCAAAUAAAGGCGUGAGCAAACUGCAGCUGCUGAUCUGUGGGAACGACUAUAUUCGCACGCUGAGCGGUCGCGUGCAACGGCGCGACGACGAGAUUGCGAGUCUGCGACGAGAGGUCGGCUAUCUCCGAGGCGUUACACGCGGCGAGUUUGUGUCGAAUGGCGAGGUGGAGGAAAAUGAUCUGGAGCAUGACCUCGAUGCCUGCGAAUACGGAAUCAUGCUGGGUCGGAUGUCCAACACAGUGAUCGAGGAGGACGACGAAGACGAGGAGUGA